AUGGCAGAUCAGUUCAUAAUUCGCAGAGCCACCGAAUCAGACGCCGAAAACAUCUACAACAUCCACGUUGCGGCGAUUAGAUCAAAGUGCUCUACUCACUUCAGUGCAAAGGAUGUCGAAAUUUGGGUCGCAAGACAAGACAAAGCACGAUAUCUGCCUUUUAUACAAGCAAAUGAGAUCCUAGUCGCCGAAGGUGGGGAAGGGAAAAUUCUUGGGUUUGGUCACCUGACGCGUGAUGCAAAAGAGACUGAUGGAAAAACCAUGCAGAUUAGAGGCCUGUUUGUUGACCCUGACUGCGGGGUAAAAGGCGUAGGCUCUACGCAUUUGAAAGAGUUGGAGAAGAAAGCAAAAGAACUUGGUGAAGUUGACACGAUGGUUGUUUAUUCAUCGCUCAAUGCUGUUGAAUUUUACAAGAAAUAUGGAUCCAUUUCGCAAGGGAUUACUACACAUCAAAUGUGCGAACCUUCGUCUCUCCAGUGUCACAAAAUGAUUAAGGAAUUUUGA